UUUAAACUAAAAAUACUUAAAAUUGUUUAUAAAACUAAAAUAAAAACCAUUGAAUAAUAUACACUAAUCGCUCCCACGAAGAAGAUUGUUGUUGUAGACGGAAGAAUGAGCAGAGUAUAGACACAUACGUAUGAGUACAAAUUAAGCAAAAAUAAAAAAAUUUCACACAUUUUCGGCAAAAUUUUUUUCGUGACACGAAAUUUUCCAGCGCACAUUUGAAGAGAUUUAUGAGUUGAGUGUGAAAAUUGUGCACUAAAAAAAUAUUAUGCAUAAUAUUAAACAGAUUGUUGCACAAUAAAUGCGUGCACGCAACGUGAAAAUGUAUAUGUGGUUAUAGGAGAAUGCAAACAAUGUAGCAAGUGCUUAUAAAUUUAUAGAAGGCAAUGUGAAAAGAGGUGUAAAUCAAGAAAAAGUGACGUCACGCAACACUCACGCAGUGUAAAAAUGCUUGGUGUGCUCCAAAAAAAGUGAAAAACCGUUAAAAAACAGAGCGAAAAAUCGAACGAAAAUUUCAAAAUAUGGAAUUAAAUUUUUUUGACUCUCAUUAUUAUCGACUGCAUGCGGUAUUUCACGAAUAUACGAAAAUGUUGCUGAAUAAUGAUAUUUAGUCGACGCACGCAGAAAUCACGAAAAUUGAAUAGAAAAUCACGAUCACUCACGCAAACACUACACAUUUACAUAUGUAUACGAAGAGCAAAGACUAUUAGAACUUACAGCGAAAAUCGUAUUGUAGGAAAAGUAAAAGUAAAAAUUGACUUUUUGAAUUCAACGCAACAACAAAAUCGUGUGUCACGCGUGAAUUUUAAAAAUUGUGCUUUCAAUAACCAAAAGCGACUGCAUAAAAUACGUAAAAUACGAAAUAGCAACAUUUUAAGCACGCAUACAAACGUGAUAACUCUGCAUUCAAAUAGCAUUUAUAUAUAAUCACGCAAAAUCACGAAAUUUUAAAUCCCGAAUAGGCGCACAAAAAGUAAAAAACAAAAAACUAAUAACUGACAUAAAAUUAAUAUUAAUAAAUAAUUAAAAAAAAACUGCUCUCACGUAUACUCACGCAAGCACUAUAUUUACAAUAUACAUAUAAAUGCAUAGAAAAAGUAUACAUAAGCACAAGAACGCCGAGCAUUGAGUCAAGAAAAGUGAAUUCGAUACUCACGAAAAACUCACGCAAAGGAAAUUUGUGCAGUGGCAUAUGCAUGUAACAUUUAAUACAAAUUCUAACACAUUAACUCGACUUAAACAUAUGUUUACUCAUUACUGAAGAUAAAAGUAUGCACGCAUACAUACAUACACGAAUUUUCGCGUGAGUAUUGCACCUUGCAUAGACUGACAUGUAAAUAUUGACUGAAUAAAAUGACAGCAUACGCAUAUAAUUGCGCAUAAAAUCCAUUAAGGAAGAAUUUUUUGCAGUAACAUGAAAAAUAUGAGACUCACGAAAAACUCACGAAGUGUGUAAGCUUGUAAAUUGAAAAUCAAUGUUACUGCAUUCAUUGUUUAUAGCAAAGAAGCAUAGAAACACGCUUAACUAUGCAUACUGGAAAUACGCAUUCGUGACACGAAGAAUUCAAAUAAACAAAAUUAAUAAAAAUUUGAUAUUACGCAACUAAACGCACAAUGAGAAAAUGAAUAUUCUUCAUAUACGAAUAAAAAUAUCAUUUAAUAAAACACCAAAGCAAUACAAAAACAACUUGAAGUAAAUUAAAAAACGCCCAAAGGACUAAAAUUUACCAUAACCCAUUCGACUCUACGUCAACAAUCCAAAGAACGCAUUUAAAUGUUGCCCAUCGACUCAACGCUCGCUGCCAGCUCCGCCAAAGUGUCCCAUAGCUCGCCACCUUAUACGCUCCGCUGUCGACCGUCGCGCAAUACCAGCAACAUUGUGCUGAUCACACAACAACAACAGCAGCAGCAGCAACAACAACAACAACAACAACAACGACAGCAUGAACACAAAAGUGUUGGUGGUGGCCGUACGGCGGACGAUGUCAGCACAACUUCAGUGAAUGUGCACAAUAUUAGCAAUAGCAACAGCAACAAUAACAUCACCCACACUCUAACGGCUGUAAGCGCUAGCAGCAACGACAAUCCUUCAAACAGCAGCAAUAACGGUCAUGCAGCAACGAGCUUUCGCAAUAAAAUGCCAUCGAUCUCAAUUAUACCAUUGCCGGUUAACAGCGCAGUCGCAGGCGUCUCAACCCACGCCAGUUGUGGCGCCACAACAACCACAACUAUGGUGCGUACCGUGACCACGUCGAACAAGGCCACAUCACCGCCACCGUUAUUCAACUCACCGCCGAGAGGUAAUAACCUGGCUGGCGGCGGCGCUGGCAGCACACAACCGCAGCGUCCUAUACUCCAGCAUCAAUAUCAGCAGACUGACAAGUGCACUAUACUGAAAUUCGAUGUGUUACGUAAGCCGUCGACGAGCACCGAGCUGGUGCCACGCAAUAUCAUAGCCACAGCGCCGAAAACGCAAACCACCGCUACAGCGACCAUCACAAGUGGCCUGGCAUACACAACGACAACGAUCGCCGAACGUCGUCAACAGCAAUUGCAGGCGUUGCAACAAUCGAUUUUCGAUCAGGAGAUGUCCGACGACGCUGAAGCGGAUGCGGAAAUAGCCGCACUGCACCAGCAAGUGCUCGACGCGAGCAGUGCCACCCUUACCACCGGCAGUCAACCGAUUAUUGUGAAGAUCGAGCCAGCGCAAUCGUUUCACAUCGUCGACGAGUCAGAUACGCGUGUGCUGAGCUUACCCCUCUCGGAUGGGGAUAAGGUGGGUGCUAGUUGGAUUGAUCUGAAGGAUAUUGCUGGCUUGCAGACCACCUCGGCUACGUUGGUGGAUGUUUGUUUUGAUUCACCGCCUGGUUUGUUGCCCGUCAGCGCCAAUAUGACAUCCACUUCCACCGCUGAAGCUGUGGUGCAGACUGCUAUGGAUGCAGCGUCUAAUGUUGGGCAUACGCAAGUGGCUAAGAAGCAGCGUCAGUUGGUUGUUAAACAAGUGCAGGUGCAGGAUCAAACGACGGUGGCGGCGGCGGCAGCGGUGGCAGCGCCAACUAUUAUCGAGACUGUUUUAACACCAUCGACGGUUGUGACUGUAACGGCAACAGCUACGACGUCGACGGCGUCCACAGCAACGGCUACUGUGACGCGUUUGAAUGCGAAUGAACGUAGUGUACAACAACAACAGCAGCAGCAGCAGAAACAGCAGCAGCAGCAACAACAAUCACAACAACAGCAGCAAUUACAGCAGCAAAGUAAAAGUACAACAACAACAGGCACGGCCAUAACACCCUCGUCUUCGACGGGCCUAAAUGCCGGCGGAGCCAUGACAGCUCAAAUUGAAAUAAUUCCAUGCAAAGUCUGUGGCGACAAGUCAUCUGGCGUACACUAUGGCGUUAUAACAUGUGAAGGCUGCAAGGGAUUUUUUCGUCGUUCACAAAGCUCUGUAGUAAAUUAUCAGUGUCCUCGCAAUAAACAAUGUGUUGUCGACCGUGUUAAUCGAAAUCGGUGUCAAUACUGUAGACUGCAAAAGUGCCUACAACUGGGAAUGAGUCGUGAUGCUGUAAAAUUCGGUAGAAUGUCGAAAAAACAGCGUGAAAAGGUUGAGGAGGAGGUGAAGUUUCAUAAGGCGCAACUGCGUGCACAAAGUGACGCGGCGCCGGAUAGUUCAGUUUUUGAUACACAAACACCGUCGAGUAGUGAUCAACUGCAUCAUAAUUAUAAUGGCUAUGGCUACUCAAGUAACGAUGUAGGCUAUGGCAGUCCCUAUGGCUACUCCACAUCGGUGACACCGCAACAGACGAUGGCCUACGAUAUAUCAGCGGAUUACGUCGACAGCACCACGUACGAGCCGCGUGGCACAAUAAUGGAUCCGGACUUCGUCAGUCAUGCUGAUGGCGACAUCAAUGAUGUUCUUAUAAAAACCUUAGCCGAGGCACAUGCAAACACAAGCACCAAACUCGAUGCCGUACACGAAAUGUUUCGGAAGUCUCAGGAUAUAUCGAGGAUACUCUACUACAAGAAUUUGGGGCAAGAGGAACUGUGGCUAGACUGCGCUGAAAAGCUAACACAAAUGAUACAAAACAUAAUCGAAUUUGCAAAACUGAUACCCGGAUUUAUGCGAUUAAGUCAGGAUGAUCAGAUUCUGCUACUGAAAACUGGAUCAUUCGAACUGGCCAUCGUGCGUAUGUCACGAUUGCUCGAUCUCUCACAGAAUGCGGUACUCUAUGGUGACGUGAUGUUGCCACAGGAAGCAUUCUACACAUCCGAUUCGGACGAAAUGCGUCUGGUAUCGCGAAUCUUUCAAACGGCUAAAUCGAUAGCUGAACUGAAACUGACUGAAACAGAGUUGGCGCUGUAUCAAAGUUUAGUGCUGCUCUGGCCAGAACGAAAUGGCGUGCGCGGUAACACAGAAAUCCAGAGGCUUUUCAAUUUGAGCAUGAAUGCAAUAAGACAGGAGCUUGAAGCGAAUCAUGCGCCCUUAAAGGGUGAUGUGACCGUUUUAGAUACAUUGUUAAACAAUAUACCGAAUUUCCGCGAUAUCUCCAUAAUGCAUAUGGAAGCACUGAGCAAAUUUAAGCAACAACAUCCGAAUGUCGUCUUUCCGGCGUUAUACAAAGAACUGUUCUCAAUAGAUUCUCCGCAGGAUCUGACAUAACAUCAAGAAAAUUAUGUGGAGACUACCAACGCAAUCGAUGCGCCAGACACGUUGGAUGCGUUAACGUAGACACAAUGAGUGUGACUACAUGAUUAUAUGAAAGUGACGGUGUUACAGGUGGCAUGAAGGUGGCUGGUAGCGUAUGCAGAGGAGGUGUUAUGACGGUGUUGGUGUCGGUGUUGGCAAGUAAUGCAUUUAAUGCAUGAUUUCGAUUGCUGCUGCAAUGACUUUUCGUUUAACGAACGCAUGCGAUGAAAAACAAAAUAGCUGUAAACAACAAUAACUUUAUAUACAUACAUACACAAACAAUUAUAAAAGAAAAGGAAAAACAAAAAAUGAAUAACACAUUCAACAACAACAAUAUGGGCAAUUUUAUUAUUGAAACGACAUGCAAACGAUCCUAAAGCAAGCAGUCAGUCAUAGUUAUAUACAUACAUAAACAGGAAUAGUCCGAAGCUUUUUCUUUUCGAACGCAAUUUGAAAUGACAACAACAACAGAAGAGUUAAUAUCAGUUUAUACACUAAUGAAAUAAAUGAUAAAAGGCAGUUAAAAGGAAAAAAUAACAAAUACAAAAAACAAAAAAAAAUAA